UUCGUCCCUUCGUCCUGUUUCCUCCGCGCUGGAGAAGUGCAUCCAAGAGAGACUCACAGGACCCAGUCAACCUCGAGCUGUCAUGAUAAUAUUUUGGCCAGUAUCCAUCCGGUAGGAUGGGUGAGAUACUAAGUGUUUAUUUGGAUCAAAUGUCGGGUGCAUGGCAAACCUCAAAAUCUUGUCGACGGGUCAAGGAUAGACUUCAAGGUCUCAAAAGAUACUCCCAAUCAAUUCGACCCUGCAUGAUUUAUUGGAUGGACAUCGCUAUGUCCUCGGAUGAUUUCUUCUGAGCGCCUGCAGGAUACUAAAAUUAAACACCAAACAGAGCCGCCUUUCACCAUCUCCCCCUCAGACAUAAUUUUAUUCGCGUCUAGUACGAUACCUAUUGGACAUGCCAAAAAUCCCUGUAACCAAAAAACGAUACUCCUCUUCUGCCGGCCCAGGAGUACUGGAGUAUGAUGCAGAGCGGAAGCAAAAGGAAACCGACCUCGGCUUGAAUAUGUGGCUCGACGCUUUUCGACUCAGGAUAAUUGCUGCUGCAGUUCAUGGAUAUCGGUGUUUAAUAACGUUGGAGUCAGGCGCUUACAACAGCGAUUUAAACUUCUGUCAUCUUGUGGCAAGAACUACCGAUCGAAUGCUUCUUCGGGCUUUAGAGUACGCCAUCGGGUUAUAUCCCUCUACAUUAUUCCUUAAUUCCUAUCUCAACCUGAUUAUACUAAAGGUCGACUUACACCAUACAUACGACAACGGACGAUUCCUUCUCCUACCCCAACUGUCAGUCCUUCGGGAGAUCCUCACAUAUCUCCAGCGCAACGAAGCUGUGUUGUUGACUAAGGACAAGGAAAAGUUUUAUCAAAAAUUCUCGAGGCAUGUAUGGACAUACGAAUUUCUGAACGUCAGCUACGACCCCGAACGUAGUAUUAAUAGGAAGAGAAUCGACGAAACGAAAGUCAUCGGUGGGUUAAAUCGUUUUGCGAAUGCAGACGGGUACAUCGAAUGCCGUUAUCCCUUCGAUCAACCGGUUCUCAGCAACCUCGAAAGUCAUGGCCACCCUUUAUUCAUGGCAUUCAACGCCGCGUUCCUUCUCUGGGAGCAAUCGGAAGAGAUAUUUGAGCACCUAUACAGAGAACAGGAAUCGAUACGGCUUGUCCACGAAAUUGGCGUUCUGCUCACGCGACCUCCACCAGCUGUAUUCUACCAGACAAAACCAGGCCAGCCGAACGCACCUUCUUCAACGGAAAAGUUGGACUACCUACUACCUCAAGAGGCGCGGUACACGGAGAAGCUUCCGCUGUUCAAAGAGCUGCUGGAGGAAUUCCAAAAGGCUCGAGACGGUGAAUCGGACGUUUUACCUGGUGGCGUUGUGUCUCCAAGCGCUAAGAAGCGCAAACAGAGGAGCCCGUCUUCUCGACUGACUCGAAGUUCCAAAUUGUCAGUGCGGGAUUUCAUCCUGGCUGGACAUCAUGAGGGUAGGGUAGUAGAUGACGACAAUGCUAUUCCGACGCAAGUUACAUCGCCAUGCGCCCCCCCUUCCACCGCCAACUUGACAGCAUGCCGGUCACCUCCCCGCAAACGUCAACUCGAAAAUGAUACAAAUGAUGUUAUUCCCCUCACCCGCACUCCAAAAUGCCCUCGCAUCGGCAAUUCUAACUGUAAAACCCGUUUCUCCUCCAUCGACAGUACGGUCGGUUGUGAUACCCGAGUGAGGAAGAUCCGUCACAAAGCGACUCGCACUGAAGUGCCGCCUAAUCGCUCCACUCCCACCCAUAGUCUUGGCCAAUAUCCUAAUCUUGUUUCUGACGAGAACAUGGCAUCCGAUACAAAUACUUCCAAGAGGACUCUAAGGUCCAGUAUUCGACAAACCUUUUCCCCCUCGUCUUCUCUGGAAAAUCAGAGCGGCGUCUAUGAAUUAUCUGAGGGGGAAUUCGACUCACAUCCUGUCACAACGAGAAAACGGGCUUACGAGAAUGACGAGGGCGAAUGGGGAAACAAGCAACAGAGGAAGAGGCUGAGGCGGGAAGUGCGGAAGAAGUUGGCGCACUGGGGGUAA